AUGCAUGAACAGAUUAAGGAGCACGAUAGGGAUAUACGGCUUUCACGAGCUCAAACUUCGGCCGUGUCUGAACACGCCAAUAAGACCAGGGUUAUCCGCUCUGGGACGAAGUUACGUUUACUGACCGAGACUCUUACUGGUACUCUCGUAGAGUUAAGAAGGGUAUCCACGUAAGACUUCACCCUAACAACAUCAACAGGGACAGUGGAAUUGAGAUUCCUGAAGCGUGGAUGCCUACAAUCAGGCAACAAGACAACCGA